GGAUCUGUACAGUUGGCUAUGGGAAUGCAGAUACAGGAGCGCUACCUGUUUCUUUUUAGUGAUCUGCUGCUUGUGACCAAACAGAAAUCAAAUACGGCCUUCAAGUUAAAGAACAGAGUGCAGCUUUGUGAUAUGUGGAUAGCUUCAUGUGUGGAGGAGGUUGCCGAGACUACCCGACCAGCCGACCAGUCUUUUGUCAUUGGGUGGCCAACACAGAAUGUGGUGGCAACCUUCCCACGGGCAGAUAUCAAAGAAUACUGGCAAACCAAACUCAGGGAAUAUAUUAACAUCGAUAAGUUGAAGGAUAAAGAUAAGGAAAUACAGCUCAAGGUAGCCCCAAGAGACAUUGAAUCUGUCACACAGAACGUGUGCCAGGUGGCAGUCAAUAACCUCACAGAAGCCAAGGAUGUCUUGCUAGCUUGUCUUAACCAGUUAAACAUCUCG